GCCGCUUAUAUGUACUCUAGUUAAUGGGUUGCUGACUCGUGUUGAUUCGACUUGGUAUGGCACGGCGUGUCGCGAGUAGAACUCGUACUCGAAGGUCGUCGAAUCGACCGAGUGAUAACAAGUAGCCGACGCGCUCAAAUCGAGCCGAGCUAGCUCGAGUUCUUAAAAUAGUAAAGUAGCUCGAGUUGACCCGUUGUGGGAGUAACUCGUGGUGGUAACUCGAGUUAAACGAAUUUACUCGUCCAUCGCUAGUUGACUCGUUGUGGAAGUAACUCGACUCGCCUAUCGCUGAUCUCUAGUGCAAGCAAACAAGCUGUUUGAUUGGCGUUUUGCCUGUGACAUUUUCUGCUCCGUUUGUUUGUUGUCAGAUUUGUAUUUAUGUUUUUCGGAUGUAGUGAUUUUCCUUUAGGUGAUUUAAAGCGGUCAUUAAUUUGUCGAAAAUGACCGGUUUACCGCCACGAAGCAAGGCUCCGUUGUUCACAAAGAAUACAAAGCCAGGUGCAACACCACUGCAAAUACUGCUACAGAUGGGUUUUCCAAAACAUCGAGCAUUAAAAGCCCUUGGAGCAACAGGUCAUCGCAGUGUCCAGCUGGCUUCUGAUUGGUUGCUGACUCAUGUUAAUGACAUCUCCCUGGAUACAGAUGAACCUCGGGAAUAUAUCUUCUAUGCUAGCCCCACGGGUACCCUGCUGUCACAGCUAUUGGAGUUUUGGGAGAAGUCAAAAACUACAUCUGGCUGGAAUGGUGCUCAUAAUUACUCACCACACGUCACUUUGGUCUCAUUUUUUAAGGCUCCAGAUGAAACAGCCUUACAACUGGCAAAAGCAGUAAAGCAAGCUGUUGAAGGUGUUGGAGACCCUCCCACUUGUCCCCUGAGAUUGGAGCCCUAUGUGUCUCAUAACUUCAUGGGGUUGUUUGUGUCAGAGGAACAUGCUGAUUACUUGAAGAGGAUUGCUGUGCAAUAUGUCAAACUAGUAUCUUCUCCUUCUAUGCAUGUGGAGCCACAAUUGAAGUCGCUGCACAUUACACUGGCAUACCACUUUGAAAUGGAGGCAUAUGAACGGUUGAAAGACCUUGUGGAUGACAUGCAACCACUUGAUAACUCCUACUUUGAACUGAGGCUCUACUCGCGAGACCCGCGCUUUAUUCGUCAUCAGGUCUACAAAGUAACUCAAAGUUACACUCCGAAAGCAAGCGACGAAAUAGAAUUAGUGGUUGGGGACUAUAUUUACAUAGAACAAAAGGAGUUCGAUAAUACGUCAGACGGCUGGGUGUACGGAACUUCUUGGCUUACAGGCGUAAGCGGUUUCCUACCAGGCGUGUACACGAAGCGUACGGCGGAAUCAGACGCGUGGACGCUACACCGAGCUAUAUCGUUAAACAACUAUAAGUAUUGUUCGAAUUGCAAAUCGGACACAAGGACAAAUACAGUCGGAGAAACGGCAGAAGGCAACAAAGGAGGAAAACAUUCGAACAAAGAUUUGGGACACGAAACUACGCAGGAAUCUUUCAGGGAAUGGACCAAAUAUUGGGAGACAGUGCGAUUGAACAAAAUUGCCGGAAUUCUCGAUGUCGCACAUGCGCAUCACAGUCAUUGGGACUAUGAUGACGAAGAUGAUGAUGACGACGACGAUGACGAUGACUACGAUACGGACUAUAAAUCUAAAGGCACCAAUACGAAAGACAUAAAAUAUACUAAGGAUAGGCGAUAUAUUUUCACAAUGAGGCACGGGGAAAGAGUAGACCUCACGUAUGGACACUGGACGAGCCACUGCUUCGAUGCUAAAGAUAAUUACUCUAGGAUGGAUUUGAACAUGCCUCUUACUUUGCCGAAGCGAUUCGGGGGCAGAUUAGCGUACUCUAAAGACUGCCCAUUGACGCGAGUUGGGCGUCUCCAGGCAUACCUUGUGGGAGAGGGCCUUAGGUUAGCCAAAAUCAACGUCAAGCAUGUUUACGCUUCGGCAGCGCUACGUUGCGUCGAGACUGCACAAGAGUUCUUAGAAGGUCAUAGAGCACACGACACGGUGAAAAUAAAAGUCGAGCCAGGCCUAUUUGAGUAUAAAAUGUGGCAUGAGUCCAAAGGGUUGGCCCCGUUCAUGACUCCGAAGGAAUUUUACCUGGGCGGUUACAAUGUUGACAUCAAUUACAAGCCGUAUGUUGACUUAAAUGUAGCGACUCCAGAGACUAUGCAAGAUUUCUACGAUAGAUGCGCAUUAGUUAUGCAGUCCGCCUAUAAGGAUACCCAGAAAGUUGGAGGAAACAUAUUAUAUGUCGCUCAUGCAGCUUCCCUGGACAUUAUGGUAUCAUCGUUAGCAAGCCUUAAUAGAAAAGAAACUUUCAAAAGGGCACGAGCAUAUGUAGUUAACCAGCAAGUGAGGGUACCGUACUGUUCCUUAGGCGCCAUGUUGGAUAAACCCUUCAAGGUGGUUCCAACUCCAUGUCCUCCAUGCGUCAACACAAGUUGUGGAAAAUUCGAUUGGAAGGUCCUUCUUCAUAUAGGCGACUGAAACAGGUUAAUUUUUAAUAAACUCUUUGUUCUAAGAAACAAAAAUUGAUAAAAUUCCGUUCAUCAGAAACUGCAUUAGAUGUAGGCACAUCAAUUUGUUGUUUCUUUGAAGUUGUUGUUUGUUUCAUUAUAGUUUGUUUCGGAUUAUUGGAACCUAACCCUGUAUAAGUGGAUUACAGAUUUGUGAAGAUGUUCCAUUAGGGUACUAGACCAAAGGGUACACUACAGGUGCCUAUUCACACGUGCCGAUACGAAAUUAUUUUUGCAGCUUUGUGAUUGUGGCAAUUAUUUGACGAAACAGACAGAGUGUAAAUAUAUAAUUUAACAAUUCUUUUUUCUAUUUUGCAAAAUUUAUGCUUACGGAUUACGAAUCUUGGCCACUCUUCCAUCGCGCCGAUGUGUUCAAACGCUCUUCAUGUGAAUAAAUAAAGGUUAUCUCUAUUGUUUACUAAAAGCACGUGAUAAGAUUGGAUGGGAAUCAGAGAGCGCUAUUUUAAUAUCAACGACAAUUAAUGCCAUUCACCUGACCAUUGUGCACUGCUAGUUAAACCACCAAUCUCACCGUACUAAUACUACUCAUAAUAUCAUGAUCGUUGCCAAACGGCGGUGGCGCCGCGUAGUGCAUAAUCUGUGCCAUAAUUUGAUGUUCUGUUCUAUGUACCGUUAUCACAAUGAAUAGUUGCGAACGUUACACAGCGUAGAAUUUUAGUGAUUAUUAUUUUUAUAAUUGUAUAACAUGCCUGAAUAAAAAUCUAUUUGCGU